AUGGCAGGCCUCAUUAAAUUACGCCAAAUGCCUCUGAUGCAAAGAUGUGUUUGGAACCAUUAUUCUAAGAUCAGCCGCAAUAUAUCUACAUCAAAGAGAAACAGCGAUACAGCCGCUACAGCUGCAGCUUGUGAAACUAAGCCCGAAGAUAAAAAUUGGGUGAGCUAUGGAUUCGACUACAAUAGCAAAGAAGAAGACACCAACACCCACAAUGCUUCGUUCUUCUUUUCAGUCACACUGUGUUUAGUAUUCGGUGGUUUUUCGUGGGCUUACGCGCCGGAUGUACAUAUGAGAGACUGGGCUCAACGCGAAGCUUUCUUAGAAUUACGAAGACGUGAAAAGGCAGGAUUACCUCCAAUAGAUCCCAACUAUGUAAAUCCAAGUUCAAUCAAGUUACCAUCUGAAUCUGAGCUGUGUGAUGUUGAGAUUAUUAUUUAA